AUGGGACAACGUAUUCUCAAGUUCACAACAGUGACAAAUACACCAUCAACAAUGCCGGUUUAUCUACAACAUUCACCAUCAAUGCUAUUGAAAAGGAAGAUUUUUCAACCUAUCUGCUAACGGUGUCCAAUGGAAUGAAUCCAGACUUCAACAAAAUUUUCGACUUAAAUCUUCAAGAAUCACCACCUGGAACCAUUGGAUCUAUAGUUGGUGGAACAACUGCAGGGAUAGUGGCAGCGAUUAUUCUGGUGAUGGUUGUGGUCUUUGUUUUGAGACGAAAAUACAACUUUGACUGUUUGUGUUCAUUCAGGGUAACUCGGAAAGAUCUGUUUCAUGAUGCAAACACAGAUGAGACAAUAGAUGCACAAGGAGCUGAUACUCGUGGGUACAACCCAACUCAGACCUAUGAAGACAUUUCAAUGGUAACGGAUAAGUCCCAGUACGCUGCUCUGGAUAGUGGCGACAAAGGACUUGAAAUUGUGCACGUGUACACGCCAUUGGAUGCGCAUGGUUCAAAGACACAUGUUUCCUACGAAAAUGUCAAAGAUGAUCCCGUGUACAACAACACCGUGUUAAAGAACCCUAUACAGUCGGUGCUUUAGAUAAGUUGGUGGAAGCUAUAAAGCAUGAGGCUGUAUGAUGACGUAAGAAGGAGUGAAGAUUUAGGGGUGUUUUACUUUUUCUUUGCCUAUGAAUGUUUAAACUUCAUUAUACUGUAAAGCGAUGCUGGUUCAUUUUUUGUGAUGGAUUUCACAGCAAUAAUAAGUAGGUAUGAAAAUACCUAAUAAGUUUAUACAUUCCAUGAUUAGUUAUCAAGUGUGUGUUUAUAUAUGUUAUUUGCAAAAAUCAUUAUCAUUUAGUCCUUAAUGCAUGUUUCUGAUAUAAUAAUUUGUGGAGCCGCACCUGGUGAUAAUUAAUAAUAAUAUCAUGAACAUGAUCCCUUACAAAUAUGUGUGAAAGUAUCAAUGAUGUACAUGCAAAUUUAUAUUUGAUAUGCAUUUCAAAAACAAGUUACGUCAAUCCUUAAUUGUCAAUUAAAUCAACUUUUUCCAAUCGACACACUCAAUACCAAGCACCAAUGUAAUGUCAUUUCCUGUCGUAAAUAUGUUAGACCUUUAAGACACAAAAUAUUCACCAAAAUUUCGAAUUUCUCCAGACAGUGUGCAUGUGAUAUGUAUGUUUUUGACAAUAUAUACUUAUGUAAAUUAAAAAAAGCUUCUUACAAAAGCGUUAAUUUAUUUUUCACAAACUCAAAAGUUAUCAUCAUAUUUCCGAUGGAUAUAUUUACUCAUGUCUCUUGUGCUAGAAAACAAACAAAUUACGUUCCGGUAAACAUCAAUGGAUACAGCGAAGGUUUGGCACGGGCUACUUAUGCAACUGUACCAUGCGGUUUUGAACACCAAAAUAUCACAUGUAUAUCCGGACAAUAGAUUACAUAACGAAUUUUGGGCAUAAAAUUGCGAUGCCUAGACUAAGUCACGAAAAUCGCGCUAGGAUUUCGGCAAUGCUAGAGUGUGGACGUAUACAAGAGGCCAUCGCUAGACGUUUAAAUGUGUCUCUUUCGACAAGAUCACGCUUAUUACAGCAAUUAAAUGUAUCACGAAAUGUGCCAGAAAGGCCAAGAUCAGGUGCACAUCUUUUCCAAGGAACCCGGACUGUCCGAACAUAUAUUGACUUAAUCGUUGAACUAGUAGUCGUGCUGAUGUUACGUCAACGCCCUCAGUUUCAGCAAAACAAUGUCCGUCCUCAUACAACCCGGCUUGCCUUUAAGUUUUUACACCUUAACUCUAUAGAAACGCAUCCGUGGUCGUCUGUUUCACCUGAAUGCGACCCAAUAUAGCUCUCCGGGAAGAGUGGUACCGCAUUAGCGUAAACUUUGUGCGCAAGUUGUGUUGGUUUAUGGGGCGUUGACUAAUGCAGUUGUUGCCAAUCCUGAAGGUCAUAUCCGAUACUGAUGUAAUGUAGAGACGAUCAUUAUUACAUUAAAUUCAUGAUUGCUUCGUGACUUUCUGCAUAUUUUGAUUACUAUUGUAUUACUCUUUGAUUUAUUUACAUUUGUAAAUCGUUUCGUGUAGGAAAUUAAAUACAACACUAGUACUACAAUUGCAGUCUAUUUUUAUUGGAAUCAGCUAAGGAAAACGAACUUAAUCCAUCAUGUACAAAAAAAGAUUUGACCUUUUUUAAAAAGAAACAACGUUAGUUUAUUUUUUGAAUGCUUAAAUUGAAAAUAAGAAAUACAAAGCUGUUUACGAGUUAAAGUUUCCGAUUAAUAAGAUUACUGUGGACCGCAACGCCAUCUGACGUCGACACUUUAAAUUCGAAUUAAAAUCGAUAUUGUUCUCUAAAAUAUGGAUGUGCACAAGCAAAGACGGACAGUGUUGUUAAUGCUAAUAAAAUAGGUGAACAUGUUAUAUUGAAAAGUAAUUUAAUUAUAUACUUACCCCCAUUUCACUGAGAGCAUGUUAACAUUUUGUGGGGCAAAAAUAUCAUAAACUGACUGGAUUUGCAUUUGUCAAAAUGCCAUUUAGAUAUGCAAUACAAUAUCCCACCUGGUAAUUACAAGCACUAAGUGAAUUUGUAUUCAAUAUAAAUAGGUUUUAAGAUCUAAGACGAUAGAUUAUAGCUUCCUUUUUCAAACACACAUUUGUUUUCCUCACAGCCGGUGCGACGAUAUAUCCAUUUUUCUUGUAUUUAUUGAUCGUAACUUAUUUCUACUCGCAAGAUGUCAGCUAUUUGUUGCGUAACUUCCGCCGUAUUUAGGUCAAGAUCUAUGUUUGUAUCUGUAUCUGUAUCAAUCAUGUAUAUAGUGGCUCAUCCUUUUGAUUUGUUUAUGUAUAUAUUAAAAAUCUGAAAGCUUCGUCCAGAGCCUUUCUUUGCAUCAGUAGCGAACAUUUUUAAGAUGGCUGCAAUACAUAUAUUAAUGCGUUUUUUUGUGUGGCGGUCACAUGAUUGCCC